AUGCACAAGGAUCUAAACACCAUCGAGCAGCAUCUGAAGUACUGCAAGCGUGCCAAUGCCAUGGCCACCCUACUUGUUGGGAAGCUGUUGGAAGGCGAGGUGGAAGAGCUGCCGGACUUGUCGGACGCCGAGAAGGUGAUGGAGAAGUAUCGCCUGGACGAUGAUGCAAAGUCGAAACUGCGUGAAAUCAUCGAGAAGCGGGCGGAGGACAAGGACGAGGUCCUGGUGAAGAUCAAGAAGCACCUGGACAACUGCGCAAAUCCGUCGUCGAUGAUUUGCAAGAUCGCGAGGCCGCUGAUUGACAACGAGAACUUGCCAGAUCCGCCCGAUCGGCCGCAAAAGGGCGGCGAAAAGGGCGAAGGAAAAGGUGGUGGCAAGGGCAAAGACAAGGACAAUCGGGAUCGGAACCGCAGCCGCAGCCGCGACCGGCAUCGAAGCCGUAGCCGACGACGGCGCAGCCGGAGCCGUGGCAAACGCAGCCGCAGCCGCGGCAGGGAGAAGAGCCGCAGCCAGGAACGCAAGAAGCCGUCCGAAGACUGA